CUAGAAUCCACUAACUUUGUAGGUAGGUCUCAAAUGGAGAGGGAAAUAAAGGAUUGCACCUAGUCCUUGGCUGAUCUCAUUAGCAGUUAGCCUCUCUACUUUUCUAAACCCUUCUCCAGUGCCUCAAGUCCCCCACCCCAGCUUCUCUGUCUGGGUCCUCUCUCUAUCCCAUUAGUUUAGGUCUGAUGUUGGUCUAAGUUAAAGUUCCUUUGUCUGAAAAAGUGUGACUUCAGAUACUAGUUUAGAAACUAACCUGGUUAAAGAGAGCAAAAUACUUACGUUGGAGCUGAGUCUUUGAACCAGGUGUUGAAUAACAAGCUGUAUUAAUUCACAGGGGAAACCCCUAACCCUUCAGCACAAAGAACAAUAGGUCAUAUUAGUCCCAGGAUGUAUAGUAAAAUCUCACGGGAGAACGCUGUCAUAAGCUGCUGGUUACCGGGACUGAACCUAUAGUGUGACAUAGUACAGCACAUCAGAAAAGGCAUUUCAAGGCGUAGUAACAGAUGUUUUUAAGUAGUAAGUACCUAAGUAAAUAGUAAAAGUUUUUGUGAAGUGUGCGAAAAACACUGGAUUACACAAAUUUUAAAGGAUAUCUCUUUUGCAAGACUUUGCAGAACCUUUGAUAUGCUAAGCUGUGGGGUGAAUUUCAAAGAGCGGAUACUUUUCUAAAAAUUUGUUUGCUUACAGAAAUCAUUUCCUCGGGACUUCUCCAGCUGCUAAUAUUAUGGAACGUGCAUUUUGGAAAAGAAUCGAACUGAGAAGUCAAAACAUGAGUUUCGGAACCACAUUGUAGCGUGUGUCUUUGGAGAUGCCCACUCAACACUGAUGGGGCUUCGGAAUUUUGUAAUGCCAUUGAGAGCUAGCAGCUAUACCCGUCAGGAGCUGAAGGACAUUGUGUUCGUCGGGUCUCUGGAUUACCUGCAGAGAGAAUGGCGAUUUCUCCAGAAUUUUCCCCAGAUAUACAUCCUGCCUGGAUCUGCGCUCUAUUCUGGAGACCUUCAUGCAGUCAACAUAGAGGAAUGUUCCAUGUGUGCUGUCUUAUCCUCCCCAUCGAAGUCAUCCAGCAGCCCGACCUUGGUGGACACGGAGCCUAUCAUGGCCACACUCAACAUCGGAUCACUUCGGAUUAGCUGCUCAGCCCAGACACCCUCAGAGCCACGGUGUACUCGGUGCUUCAGUGACAAUCCCGGGAAGUCAAAGUACCGAAGGAUCCCCAUCCUCACUGAACUGAAAAAUCCUUCCAACAUGCACUUUAUUGAACAGCUCGGUGGGAUGGAAGGAGACCUCUCGGGAGUGAGCCUGCACCUCAGCACGUCCUUUGCCACCGGCACUGUCUUUUCCGGCAGCUUCUUGGAUUCCCUCCUGGCCACGGCAUUCUACAAUUACCAUGUUCUGGAAUUACUUCAGAUGCUGGUGACAGGAGGGAUCAGUUCUCAGCUGGAACAACAUCUGGAUAAGGAAAAGUUCUGUGGGCUGAAUGACAGUUACUCUACCGUUUCACCUGGAAGAAUGCGGUGUAAGCUGGGGCUUCUGUCCUUAAACCAAACCAUUUUGUCAGACAUUCAACCAAGAAGGACCUUUGGGCAAAUAUUCUGCGGCUCGUUAGAUAACCUUGGAGUCCUGUGCCUCGGCUUGUACCGCAUGAUAGAUGAGGAAGAGCGCAACCCAGAGCACAAAAGGGGAGUGUAUGCUGGUGUAGAAGGCGCUGGCCACCGCCCAAGCAUGAGGGCCAAAGCGACGUCAUUCUGUGUGAAAGAGACGGCCAGAGCUUAGGGCCCCCUGAUGCAACAGAGGGUGCUGGGGAAGUAGAUAACAGUGUAGGAUCAGUAUAAAUAAUAUGAAUGAACCCUGGUGAUUGGGAUCCAGGUAGUAUUGGCCAUGUAAGGAGAAGGGUUUCUCUGUCCCCAGUGAAAUCUGAAAUGCAGACCCAGAUUUUCAGUCAGGGUUCUUUUGUAACUUACCCCCAUUGAUGCCUGUGCGACUUUUUUAAGCCGAAAAGCCACUGUCCACACUGGAAAGAUUUACUUGUUCACUGCCGGACUCGCUGGGUAAAUAUUUACUGAGUGCCUUUUUUCUAGCCACUGUGCCUUGUCCAUGUAAGAUACGGGAGUGAUGUGUAGAGAUUUCAGUUUAAAGAAGAUCAUUCUGGCAGUAGUGGGGAAGAGAAAGAAAAUGUGUGUGGAGGGGAGACGAGAAAAGAAAGGGUACUGGGUAGCAGCUCCAGACAACACAGUAAGGUAGGUCCAGACUAAGAGUCUCGUGGUGGGAACGGGCAGUACUCGGUAGAGAAGGAGAAAUUAAAAAUAAUAGAGUGGAAAUGGAUCGAUGAACCUGUUUCAGGAGGAAGGGGAAGGAAGUCAAAUCACUGAAAGCGGAGUAGUCAUGAACACGAAGAAAGACAGCUUCUCCGCUCGCAGGAGAAAGGGAGGAAAAGAAAGGAUGCCAAGGCAGAUCUGGCUGUGGAUGAGGGGUGCGCUUAGGGAAUGUUUACGUAACACUAGGAUUUCUUGGUGAUGUGCAGGCAUAGCCCUGGCUGAGAGAAAAGAGGGGGAAAGUCUCUAGGGAGUUGAGAAAGACGUAAAGGUACAUUAGUCACUGAGGGGAAUGGAAAAAGGAGUUUACUGUGCAUCUGUAGAAGCAACACUGCAAAGGGAAAGGACAGGGGAUGGAAAUAGCCUGAAGAGCGGAUGUAACCCAAGAGUAAGGAAAUGAGAGAAAGAACGAGGGGAAGUUGUGGUCAGAGACUGAUUUAUUGAAGGGUGAGAUUUUAGAGGCAGGAUGUGUCAGGAAGUUACAACAGCAGUAUGUGGUCAGGAAAGUGGUUGGGAGAUAAAGAUCACUGGGGAGUGGAAAUCAAAGAAAUUGGUCUGCGUGUUGGAGUCGUAAAUCACGGAGACACUGCAGGCACAUAAGGUGACGGUGGCACUAGAGUUUGAAAGAAAAAGUGUCCCAUGUGCCAAAGGCCUAAAUAAACAUGGAGGUGUGUGGAUAACACUGAGGUGACUCAAGAGGAGGGUGGUAAGGCUGUAGAGCAUGGACCACAACGAUGCGGGGAGCAGGGAUGCUCUGGAAGCAGCACUCGGAAGCCUGAAAGAUGCUGACCUCCCACCCCCGUCUCUGUCUGUCUGCCUGUGACUGACCCCCAACACCUCUGGAAAACCUGUGGACCGUGGUAAUUGGGAGAAGGUGUAGCCCAUACUUGGGCGGACCUCAGGGAAGGAAAUGAUAUUCCUGUUUGAAAGAGAGUAUGUGGUUACAGCAGAUCUUGUUUAGAAUAUCACAGAGGUUACAGGGGACUCAGUGGGCGAGAGGGAAGUGGGAAGAUUAUUCAGUGAAAGAUCAGUGGUGACUUGUGAUGGGUGCUUAGGGAAGAAGAGGUGAUUAUUCGGGGCAACACUGGAAGUCAUGCAGGGUUCUGCUGCCUCAGCGUUCUGACAGGAACACUGGCGUCUUCAUGAAUCUGCCUCAUGUUCUCUGAGGAUUUGCCGUGUGCCUGAUUUCCUGCCGAGACAUCCUGCUUCUCUGCAGUCUGUCCGCGCAGGUCCAGGCUCUGGGUGAUCCUUGAAACUCAUUGACUCACUAUUUGCUUACCCGUCAAGGUUUCAAAUAAACCUUUGGUUACUUCUCUUUUUCCUCCAUUGGGCAACCUACAUUCUGUGGGAAAGUUGGCGGCAGAAACAUGAAAAUAGGCCUAACCCAGGAUGGAAAUAUCUGGCAUGCACGUAAUCUUCCAGUUUUGAUAAAGCUUGGCUAAGUGCUCAGAAUUGUGCCAACCGAAUUCAUUAGGGUCGUGGAUAUUAAAAGCAGAGAAACAUAUAGUUGGAAAAGCCAUUAGAAAUCAA